AUGGCAUCCUCGACGGUCCCUGGCACACUGCCACCACGAACGCCAGAGCAGCAGCAACAGCAGCAGCAGCCGUACCUGCAACCGCAUCGGCAAUGGUCGCCUCACACUACCACUGCCGCCGUGCCUCCUUCGCCCCACACCAUCGACUCUCUAGCACGACAACUCUAUCGCACACAGCUCGAGGCAGCUCCCUCGCCCACAGCAGCCACCUCCACGGCCAUAUCACAUGGCUCUGCCCCUCAGACACCUAGCUCCCCUGGCAACGACAAGCCGCUGCCUGCCUUACCACCCGCCCGGACGCCCUCGCAGCUCAGCCAUCAGAGACAGAACCAGUAUCCCUAUAGUCCAAGCAGUCGGAUGCGCGUAGCUUCUACUCCCCUCAUGAGCAUACCUGCUGCUAACGUCGCUGGACCGUCCAGACUACCAGAUCAUGGCCAAGCGGGCAGCUGCUGGGAUGCUCGACAGGUCUCGCACCCGCACUUCUGGCUACCGAAUAUUUCCCCCCCUCCUCAGCCUAGGCCAAGACCUAGCGCACCGUCUCCUUCUCAAAGCUCCCGUGAGAGGCUACCUCACAUGCCCACUCUGGCCAGCUCUCAUGACGUACGAGCGCCGCCGAGGAGACCACUUCCUGCGCCUCCCGUCAGACCAGCUGACGGCCCUACUCAGACUUCGAUGGGCAGCUCGACGCACCUGGGUGAGAAAGCACAAUUGAUGGCCCAGCAGCGGCAGCAGACGCCCAUCGUCCGGCAGCCUUUGCCACCCUCGUAUGAGACAUUGUUCGGGGACUCACUACCUCCCACUUCGGAAACAGCGGCUCGCCCUAUCAGACCGGGCGUCAGCACUGCUGCACCACCGACUACCCCUGCCCCUGCCUUGAUACGACCUCCGGUACCUCGUUCUGUCAGUACGCCUGUUGCUCGGAAGACGCCCGCUCCAGCCACACCCUCAAAGCGGAAACCUGUGCCAUCGCUUGGCACGCCAACAACGUCUGCGAGCCCAGCUGCUGCAAAGAAGGGGUUCACUACCUCUGCAGAAGUACCACCGGCUAGUGGACAAUGCUGGGGUAUCAAGCGGGAUGGAGGCAGGUGUACUCGAGCAGUGGGACAGAGCAGCCGACCAGCCAAGAGCCCUGGACCGGGCAGAACUCGACAUAGCUCUGUCAGUCCUACAAAGAGCCCUCCGGCUGCGACCAGGCAGCAACAGCAACGGCAGAGGCAGAGACAGAAAAGCGCCCCUCCUGGAGCAACCUCACGCUCCUCGUCCGCUAGGCAGGAUCAGCGCAGGGCACAGGGUAGAAAAAGUCGACCGAUCGUCGUGGACGACGACUCUGAUCCCGAAUUCGAGAUUACUACAAGCAGCGAUGACAGUAGUACUCGUGUCGCUUCGUGGUCAGGGGAGGGAGACACUCUAGACGACGACGACGAAGCUCUUCCCCUCUACUGUCAUCAGCAUGCCAAGGAGAUCAACAAGACACAAGGCUUCCACACUGCUUCUAGCCCAGCUCGUUACAUCCCCUUUUCGGAGUAUAUCCCUGCGACAAUCUCUGACCUCACCGCCGCACGCAUGCGCACAGCGAUGGUCGAGCCCCUCUCAGAGGCAGAUCUAGCAGAAGAGGGAUACAUCUACAUCUAUGAGAUCCUCGAGAAGCAAGGUCUUGGUAGUACAGCUAGCGGUCUCUCUUCUACUGCUGCCUCUUCCGCUUCACCCUCUCGAGCUGGGAGUAGUACCUGGCUCAAAGUAGGUCGCAGCGUGAAUCCAAUGGCCCGAAUGGCACAAUGGCGCUCGCAGUGCUCCUCUCGGGAAGCCCACCUGCGCGCUCUCCUACCCUUGCUAGACUCUGCCAUGAGUCAGAGCAUGAGCACUUCAAUUGGCGGUGGAGCAGGAGUGGGAGCAGGAGUGGGAGCGGGAGUAGGGAGCGGUUCCGGGAGACAGGGCCUCCUCGUCGGUGCGGAUCGAGUCCUAACGCGUGGCAUCGUAGGCAGCCAUCGUUGGGAAAAGCUUGUGCACCUCGAGCUCAGGGAAAAGUGCUCCUCACCCUCCUCCUCCUCCUCCUCUUCCUCUGCUCUCGUAGCAGCUGGAGAGGUUGCCGACAAGUGCAGGGACUGUGGUAAGAGACAUCGUGAGAUCUUUGCUGUGCCUGGCGAGAUUGGAUUUGAAGGCGUCAAGGAAGUGGUGCUGAGGUGGGAGCGGUUUGUCAGGGAGGUGCAGUGA